GGGAACACAAAACACCCUAUCAAGGGGUUUAAUUUAGCCUUUUUAUGAUUAUUUCUCGCUUAUGGAAGAUAAGGUCCUUAUGCUUCCAAUACCGUACCGCAAGCGAUGCGUGUUAAUUCAUCUUCAGAUCGAGCGUCAGAAUGCGUUCCAUCCAGAGCCACGGGAAUGGAAGGAGGAAUUGUGAUUAAAGAUGAUUGGCCCGGAUACAGUUUAGAGCUCUUCACUUAUCCAGAGCAUUACCGCGAAGAUAUAGAGAGUGUCUACAUUCCACAUGGGGUUAUCAUGGACAGGUUUUCUACCUCAUGUGGAAAGGAAUGCUGGUGCGUGCCACAUUUUUACCAACCAGGGAGACUUGGAGGACUUCAAGAAGUCAUUGAGACAGAGCGCCUGGCCCGACACAUCAUGGAUGACAUUGGGGAUCAUGACAUGGUGGUGCUGUGUGUACUGAAGGGAGGGUACAAGUUCUGUUCCGACCUGGUGGAGUUCAUUAAGGUACAAUGCCGCAACUCCAACAAGCACCUGGAGACCAGAGUGGAGUUUAUUAGGCUUAAGAGCUACCUGAAUGACCAAUCAACAGAGGACCUGCACAUAAUAGGAAGUCAAGAUCUAUCUGUUCUACGAGGCAAGAAUGUCUUGAUUGUAGAGGCUAUAGUCGACACAGGAAAGACAAUGAAGGCGCUUCUGAAGCAUGUGGAGGCCUUUGAACCCAAGAUGGUAAAGGUCGCCGGUCUGCUGGUGAAAAGGGUCUCUAAUGUGGUUGGAAGCCUUCCAGACUAUGUGGGGUUUGAAAUUCCCAACCGUUUUGUCGUGGGCUAUGCUUUGGACUACAACGAGUAUUUCCGUGACCUGAAUCAUAUCUGUGUCAUAAGUGAGAUUGGAAAGGUGAAGUACAAGAUUUGAAGAGAAGUCAACACAUACAUGGGUUGUUCAGAGUUGCAGUUUUCAACUUGUGGCUGCAAGUGCCUUCCCUUCUCAUAUCUUCUUCCGUGCUCUGUUGAGGAUUAUUGUUAGUUUAUUAAUUUCAUAUGAAGAAACACACCUUGCAUGUGCUUUAUGCAAAAACAAAUAUGAGAUCUGUGUUAUUCAUGCUACAUACAACCUUGAUUGCCACAUUUUAAGAGGUUUUUUUUUUUACAUAUGCUAUUGUUUUUGUAAACAUCAUAUUACAUUGUUGACAGAAUAUGCUUUUACAUAAUAUGCAUUUAUAUGUAUUUGUAAAAUACUAAUUUUGUCCCCAAUGAUCUAAUAUGUGCAAAGCUCAAAGAAAUAAACUAUGCAAUUUUAAAUAACAAA